AUGAAUAGCACUAUUGGACCGCUCACGAUACCUGACGCCUGGUCAGGCUACCUUGCUCAAGCUCAGGAGAUAGCGUCGACCAGAGUUGUUUUGCUCGCCCUCGUUAACAUACCGCUGCUCGCUAUCGUGUUCAAUGUCUUAUGGCAGCUGAUUAUACCCCGCUCGAAAACAGACCCUCCGCUUGUAUUUCACUGGAUCCCCUUUGUCGGCUCAGCAAUCGAGUACGGAAAUGACCCUAUGAAGUUCUUCAUUUCUUCUCAAGCAAAGUACGGAAACGUUUUCACGUUUAUUUUAUUGGGCCGCAAAGUGACCGUGUGUUUGGGUCCCAAGGGAAACAACUUUGUUCUGGGUGGCAAGAGCACGGUGUUGAACGCGGAGGAUGCUUACACGCAUUUAACUACCCCAGUCUUUGGACGCGACGUAGUCUACGAUGUCCCCAACGAGGUUUUCAUGGAACAAAAGAAAUUCGUCAAAGUUGGUCUUUCAACUGACAAUUUCCGCGCCUAUGUCGGCAUGAUCGAACAAGAAGUAGAGGAAUUUCUUGCCAACGAUCCAUCGUUCUCCAUCUAUCAACAAAACGAUAUCAACCCUUGGGGGAAAUUUGAAUCAGUGAAAGUACUCUCUGAAAUCACAAUAUUGACUGCUUCAAGGACAUUGCAAGGGUCCGAAGUUAGAGACAGCAUAACCACCAACUUUGCUCAAACAUAUACGGAUUUAGAUGGAGGAUUCACCCCGAUCAACUUCAUGUUCCCGAAUUUGCCUUUGGAGAGUUAUAGGAAGAGAGAUAGGGCACAGAAGAAGAUGAGCGAUUUCUAUGUCGAAUUCAUCAAGAAGAGGAGGGCUGGUGGGGGAAGUGGACAGCACGACAUGAUCGCCGCACUUAUCAACCAGAAAUAUCGCUCCGGUAAAAGUCUCCGGGACCACGAAAUCGCACACAUCAUGAUAGCCCUUCUCAUGGCCGGCCAACAUACUUCUUCCGCUACCGGUUCGUGGGCUUUACUGCACUUGGCUGACAGAGAGGACGUCGCUGAAGCAUUAUACCAAGAGCAAGUGAAACACUUUGGCAUCAAUGGUCAGCCGGGUAAAUUCCGUCCACUGACCUACGAAGACCUCCGGGACCUGCCUGUACUCGAUUCUGUCAUUCGCGAAACCCUCCGCGUCCACCCUCCUAUUCAUAGUAUCAUGCGUGCAGUCCGAGACGACGUCCCUAUCCCACCAACCCUCGCAGCCCCUUCCUCGAAAUCGGGUAGCGGGACGUAUAUCGUUCGCAAAGGUCACGUUGUCCUGGCUUCUCCGCUCUUUGCUCAGAUGGAUCCUAAAAUAUGGAAAAACGCGUCCGAGUGGGAGCCUACACGGUGGAAUGAUCCUGAGGGUGUGGCGAUGAGUGCGUUGAAGGAAUACACCGAUGAGAAUGGAGAGAAGAUUGAUUUCGGGUUCGGCGCGGUCAGUAAGGGAACGGAUAGCCCGUAUCAGCCUUUCGGGGCAGGCAGGCAUCGGUGCAUUGGAGAACAGUUCGCUUACCUUCAGCUGGGAACAAUUCUAUCUACUCUUGUUCGCAAGCUCGAGUUCAAGAUUCCGACUGGCGUCCCCGCUCACAAUUACCACACCAUGAUUACUAUGCCCAAGACUCCAAGAGACAUACAUUACAGACGGCGUCACUUUGAUUAA